AUGGCUUCGCCUGUGUUAUUUGGCGUCAAAGUAUGGCCUGUUCUUUCCAUGGCCAUUUUAAUAAUUUUUUACGGGCUUUCUUUUGUUGAUUCCAGUGUGUUCUACUUUGCCAUAACUGUAGCCCGUGUGUUGCCCCCGCAUUACUGGUUUUGGACCCUGUUCACAUUUAGCUUUUUCAAUAACCGUUUAUUGCACGUGGUUUUUGACAUGGCCACUGUCUACUUGGUAGAUGUGGUCAUGUUUCCGUCGUGGAACUUAUCUGAGGUUAUUCGAUGUUGUGUGCUAGCCCAGUUUUUCUCGUCAGGCCUUGUUGUCUGCACGCUUUUCCUUGGUUAUGCGUGCACAUUCAAUUUGGAUCUCCUGUGGACAACUCCUAUUUGCGGUUUAAGCCCCCUACUUGGCGCUGCGUUGGUAGUGGCACGUCAACUCACCCCUGACAAUGUUCUUGCAAACCUUCCUCUUGGAAAAUUUCGGACUAAACACAUUGCCUUCACCAUGUUUUUCUGUUUCCUCAUAUUGGCUGUCCUUCAUGUCACUGACUAUGUGCAUUUUCUGUUGUUGACGUAUGGCGCUCUUGUCACAUGGGUGUAUCUUCGAUUCUUUCAAAGACAUAGUAAUGGUGAUAUCGGUGAUACUACUGAUGCCUUUGACUUCUCCGGCUUCUUUCCUAAUCAUUUAGAACCGCCGAUCGCGAUUAUCUCCAACGCCAUCUAUAACUUGCUUGUGAAAGUACGGAUCUGUAAAGACAAGAGGAUCCUCGAUACUGAUUAUUGUGACACGUCGUUCGCAGUGCGAGUCAUUGACGUUGAUAGUCAAAGGUAUACACACAUUCCUUUAGUGCUUUCUGUUCUUCUGGCUUUUGUUGAAAGUUCCGAUUUUUCACCAAUAGGUCUUCGCCUCAGGUGUCUAACGGAGAUCCGCUGUUGCUAA